CUUAUUUACUGUGUCGAUACGACAUAAAAUUUUAUUCUUAUUCUUUUAUUCUUUAGUUUGAUUAUGGCGGAAGCACUCGGUGUUGCUAGCGGCGCUAUUGGCAUUGUGUCUUUUGCUGUCCAACUUGGUGAUGGGAUCUUGAAGCUCAAAUCUUUCUGGGAUGCGGUGAAAGAUGCCCCAGAAGAAAUUCUGUACAUUCUGGAUGAAUUAGAUACUACACGUUUGCUACUCAAGGAAAUCGAGGAUAGUCUUGGAAAUCAAACAACGUCACCUGCAGCAGCUAGAUCACUUCGGUUGUGCCAAAAGGGCAUGGAUACAUUGAACAAUACGGUAAAAGAGCUGGAUAAAGAAAUGCGAAAAAGAAAGAAAUGGGGUGGAGUUAAGGUGGCUAUGAAGAAGGAAUUACUUGAAAAGAUGGAGAAAAGGCUCGAAAAAGCGAAUUCAUUGAUGACCAUGGCCCAUCAAAACUACAUUGCGUGUGUUUAUCUUCUUGAAACUUCAUUUUUGGUGUAAACAAUGUCUGAUUUAUUACUAGGAGUCUAAGCAAAUCGAGACACGAUAAACAGGGGAAAUUAGCUAUGCAACAAUUCUCAGAGGUCGUGAGUAUCCGGAACGCCUUGCACAGCUUGACAUCAGCUGGAUCUACCUGCAUGGCUCAACAGCAGACGGUUGAUACCAAUACAUCGAGUUCCUCGAAUACGCCGACUGCAAAAGAUGCAACAUCAAUUUCCCGGGCUAAAAAAGCACUACCAAAAGAUCAAAGGAUUCUACACGCCAAGCUCAGACUCCCUUUCUUCUCAGGUGUAUGGCAGCUUUGUGGUUAUCGACAGUCAACUUCUGGAUGGACAUUCACUUUGAGGACAUACAACGUUGUUGAUCGGGGUGCACCAAUAAUGAAGGCAGCUUAUUUCGGAGAUGUAGCUAGGAUGCAGGAACUAUUUCAGACACAGCAGGCAAGCUUGUUCGAUGUAAAUCUUUCCGGGUGUACUGUUCUUCACCUAGGGAUCCUUUCAUUACUGUCUUGGAAACAGUCAUAUUGAUUUGAUAAGGAUGCAGCAAUGUCGGAAAAUAGCUGCCAGUCAUGUCAGUUCUUGGUAGAUCAAGGCGCAGAUCUAAAUGCACAGAAUGAUGCUGGUUGGUAAGCACACUACAUCUUUUUUCUUCUUUUUUUUUCUUUCAAAAUUACACCGCAGCUGCAGUCACUUAUAAAACUCCCAGUUUUGUUUGGCAGUUGUUUGGCGUCGUUGGAGAUGCGCAAAGAUGCUUUUGAUGUCAUACUUUAUUUGGUUCCCAGGACCGAUUGUGAUAUUUUUGAUGUAUUAGCCAAAUGGUUGCCCAUGGGCGUCGGCCUCUUGCCUUAUGAGAUGUUCCAAUGCCUAGUCCAAUCAAGUGAAUAUCUCACUCAUGAACGAAGUCAUCGAGACCGUGCGAUACUUAUGCAUAAGUAGCUCGGGACAUUGGACUGAGUUGUAUAGUGGAUAUACAAGAUAUAAAGGCUUUCGUGUUGUCAGCCCUUGCGGGGUUGGAUAUGGAAACUUGUUUUCGAAACAUGAAUCAAUCCGAAUGUUCCCAUUACUGGAAGACAUUCUAUUUGGGUUUACAAGCUAAUUGUUGAGAUUGAGAGUACGGGGAGCAAUGAGGAUGCGAGGUAAAAUGGUCGACAUUGAUGUUAAUGGGAUACCGGAAAUCACUUCUGACGAUGAUGAUUUGGACAUAAGAGAUGAGGAUUGUUUGAGGGAUAUUCCCGGUCUCAUAGAUGAGAUAAUAAUUGCAGGCUCGAAGGUUCACCAUUUCGGCACCACAUACGAAGGCUUUCCCCGUAGUUUCCUCAAUCAACUUAUACGCGGAGUCACUUUUUAUAUAUCCCAAAAGCAGGCUGAUAGUGGACACCCAAAAAAUGAAUAUCAUUUUUUUGAGCCAAAUAUCAGGUAUAUAUUUGGAAUGUGGCUCAAUCGACUCAUAUCUGCAGGGGUUGAUCUCAUUAAAUACGGCCAUUGGGAAAAGAAGUAUUAAAAUGAAGUUCACGACUGCGCUUAUGGAAAUCAACGCGUUUGGGUAAACGGCUCGAAAUAGAAGUACUGUAAAUUGUUAAGUUUUACACACGGCCCAAAGGAAAGCGACUGGCAGUUCUGGUUCACUGAGGAGGUUGCGUACAUACAUUCUGACAAACUCGCCGAUUUCUGGGAUAUGGUUGAGCAUCCCGAAAGACAAAUGCCUGGUGCUUGGAAUUUUGAUUUGUAGUCAAGUAGAGAACCAUCUGAGGGCGGGAUAGUCGAUAUGUGCGGCUGGAAAGUGGCAUGGCUUUUUUCAUACAAAACUUACCAUUCGCUAUGAUGUAAUUUGAGGAACCUAUAUGAAUGAGUUUGAGGAAGAAUUU